AGGCUCGCCCCUUUAAUGUUCUACAUUACUCCUAAUGAUAUUACAUUUGUUGUCAUAGAACCUACUUCAGAGUUUCUUCCAUUCCUUUAUCCAUCAAGUUAUAAUGUGUAUACUGAUGUUGAUGAUGGUUCUGCUAGUGUUACACUACCAACUACACUUGAGUUUGGAGGCUUUCACUAUAACAGAGCUUAUAUUAGCAGCAAUGGAUUAGUCAGUUUUGGUAGAGCCUAUAAUUCCUUCUCUCCAAAGAACUUCCCUCUUCAAAAUAGUUUAGCUGUUGUGGCUCCAUAUUGGGAUGAUAGUCGUUUGUCGGGAUCAAGACAGUUACACUAUCAAAUUGUAUCUGGAUCAUCAUCUCUCAUCACCAAAGUCAAUGCCUUCUUAUCCAAAUACACUGGUGAUACUUUUGAAGCUGAUUGGUUACUGUGGGCUUACUGGCAUGACAUAUGUCCUUAUAAUAGAGGAAACUGUCAAGACUCAAACUUCUUUCAAGUGGCUAUAGCAGUACAAGGAAAUGUAACAUAUUCUAUAUUUACAUAUCAGUGUGGUCUCAUCAGAUGGACUCUUAGAAAUGCUGCAGUUGGUUACAGUGUAUUCCUGAAAAGAGCACGCAAGGCAGUUGAAAAGAAGCAUCUAAACUAG